UGGUAGAUUCUUCUUAUUUUUGUUUUUUUGUUGUUGUUUUUAUGUAGACAAUGAUGUCGGCAAAUAGGGGCGGUUUAAUUUCUUCCUUUCUGAUGUGUAUGCCUUUUAUUCCCUUUUCUACCUUGUUGCACUGACUAGAACUUCCAGCACUAUGUUGAAUAAGAGUGGUGAAAGCAGAUAUCCUGCCAUGUUCCCGAUCUUAGGGGGUUCAUCCAUGAGCUCGGAUUUCCCACAUUACAACUUCAGGAUGCCUAAUAUUGGAUUCCAGAAUCUGCCUCUCAAUAUAUAUAUUGUGGUUUUUGGAACUGCUAUAUUUGUCUUCAUUCUCAGUUUACUCUUCUGUUGCUACUUGAUUAGGCUAAGACAUCAAGCACACAAAGAAUUUUAUGCCUACAAACAGGUGAUAUUAAAAGAGAAAGUAAAAGAACUGAAUCUACACGAGCUGUGUGCAGUAUGUCUGGAAGACUUCAAGCCUCGAGAUGAGUUGGGGAUUUGUCCAUGUAAGCAUGCCUUCCACAGAAAGUGCCUUAUUAAGUGGCUGGAGGUUCGAAAGGUGUGUCCCCUGUGCAACAUGCCAGUUCUGCAGCUGGCCCAGUUACACAGUAAGCAGGACCACGGGCCCCCCCAGGGGCCCCUCCCUGGGGCAGAGAACAUUGUAUAGCUCCCUGCAAGGAUCAGACUGUCUGGAUAUGACAUCUUCAUGGAAUCAGGAGGAACACAAGCAGACUCUUCUUGGCUGCUCUCUUCCUGGGGUACCAGCUGCCACUUCCUUUGCCUCAUGAAGAACUCCUGGGCCAGCCAAGCUAGGAACCUAGGCAUCUGGGUCUGAGACAGCCAAAGCACUCUGACACUACCCCAUGCAAGAGGAGAGGAGUGGCUGAGCCUGCAGGUUUGGUUCCAGAAACUUCAUGAGCAUCUCUUGCUAAACUCCAUUAUACUCUGUCUCCAAGAGUCAAGAUGAAUCUUUAUCAAGCAGAAGGGAAGAUAAACACAGGUGUUAAGAGAAGGGGACUUAGGGCAGGUCUUUAAAGCCACAUCUUUCUCUGUGGACAGAUAAGCUUCUGUGCAGACCUCGCAUGCCUUUGUACCCCAACCCCUCCUGGCAGCCCUGAGCCAAGUGAAAGCAGCAGUUAUGGCAGCUGAAGCACACCAGCUGCCAGCGGUUGGUAAGGCAGUGCCCACAAGGCUUUCCAUGUUCCUUUGAUAAGGCCAUCUUGGAACCCAAGGGCUCUCAAUACAACUGCAACAGUACCCCUCGCCACACCACACCUGCCCCCACCCCCCAGGUUCACGACACUUGCUGUCAAAUCAUCUAAGCUGAAAAUAUUCAAUGCACUUGGAAAGGCUUGGUGAGAAGCCAUUUUUUAAUCAUUCCCCCCUCCUGUUCACCAGUACGACCCAUCAAGGAGCCCCAGCAGGGGCUUGGCCUUGAGCCCACAUUGUCCCUGUGUGACCCAGGAGGACCUAAGGGUGCUGCCCAUGUACCUUCCAGUGCAGAGUGAUGCUAGCAUAGCUGCUGACCCCUUGGCUCCCACCUUCUUCCUUCCCUUUGUUCUCUUCCCUCAUGCCAUUUCUACUCAAGAAAAAAUGGCUGGCAUUAACUUUUAACAGUUUAUCCUAUGUCAUUCCAACACCUGGAGCCGGUAAUACACUUGGAGUUGUAUAUAGUUUCAGGAAGCUCCUGCAGGGCUGUCCAUCCACUGGUGUGUGCCUCAGUAUUUGGACUUAAGAUGACUAACUGAAAAGUGUCUUUCUAGGAGAGAAAUGCAUGCUGCUCUUGGUUGUUUCUGUCCAACCUUUCUAGAAAUGACUCAGCCCAUUAGGAUCUGUGAACAUUGUGUAAAUUAGCCAUGUAAAGCAGCAGUGGGCGAGCCAACAUUCUUCACAGCCUGCUGUCCUCUCCCUUGUCAUGAGUGCUGCCUCACCUCAUCACCUUAUUUGCUCCACUCCAUCCCACAGGUGUGAGCAGGGAAGCUUCUCACUGGAAGUACAUCUGCAUGGCAUGGAGAGGAUGAAGGAGGCUUUACAGCUCUGUUUAUGGCAUGUCUCUAGAAACUUUUUUUCUGGAAUCCAGCCUCUACCAUCAUAGAACAAGAGGGAACCUGUCUUUGCCUCAGGUAGCUGGGGUCAGAUAAGGAGGAAAAUUCCCAUUUGCCUAGAAAAGUGCUGGGGGAGUCCAGCAUGGUGAGACACACCUAUAAUCCUAGCACUAGGAAGGCUGAGGCAGGAGGAUCACAAGUUUGAGGCCAGCCUGGGCUCAUAGUGAGACCCUGUCUCAAAAGAAAAAAAAGAAAAGUGCUGAGCAGAAUCCAGUUUGGAAAAUUACAAAUCCAGUUAUUCAGAAUUGACUGUUUCCUAUGUGUGACCUGUUCACACAGGGCAAGAGAAAUGUAAACUAUUUUACAUGAAUGCCUUAGCCUGUUUGGCCCCCCAUGAGAACUCUUUAUUACACCCCUGCUUUCCCUCUCCUUGUGUUCUGUUUGUAGCAUGAUAGAGUCAAAUGCUGCAACAUCCAGUUUACAGUGAAGUGUUCUCAGUGACCAAUGUCAGGAAUGGGCUUGCUUCUGGUCUAAGCCUCAUGAAUGGCCACCAUCCCCCAUUUCCCAUGGCAUGGCCUUGGGAUAGACUUCAUCUCUUUGUUAUAGGGCUCCCAUAAGAAAGUUUUUUCCUUCAAAGGAGGAAUUCCAUGUGAUCUAUACUGCAAAUUAUCACCACUCACAAGCUUUUGUAAGAUGCUAGCCUUUCAGCUGCAGCCCUUUUCUUUUCCUGUCCUCAUUAAUAGAGACAGCCUCAUCAAUGCCCAACGUGUAUGGAGGCAAAAUAAUCAUCUCACUGUGUCAGAGUCCUAGGCAGGUUGAGGUGGUCGGCGUGUAGCCUGGAUAGUCAGGGCCAGUGGAAGAAAGCACAAAAAUGCCCUCUACCCUGCUUUGGGCCCACACGGACAGAACACAGCAAACCUGUGAGAUGCCGCUGAUCUCACCACCUCAGCACUUGUGAAUGCAAGUGCUUCUUCAAAGGCAUUCCUUGGGCUAGAAUUUGGGCUGGAAGCUGGAGUUAGAAGAGUAUUCUUUCUGCUUUUAGUCAUCUCUUUCUGGGCUGGAUGGCCUCCUGCUGUAGCAGGCCCAGUACCACUCUCAGUAGUUCCAGCAACUAACUCCUAACCACAUGACCCAAAUUCAUUUGCUCCCCACAUCUGGAUUCCCCACCAGGGUUUCCCUGUACAUCUGCACUGCUGAUGAGUUAGGGAUUCCUUUCGACACUCUAAGCUCAGGCCCAAACCCACAGUAAGGCUGCCUAUUCUACAUCCACCUCCAUGAUUUGUUGACCUUUUGUCAAUACUGGGGACUGUGGUCUGCUCUUGGAUCACUAGAGCUGAUAUACUUUGUUAUAGUGUCUUAGCACAGCUCAAAGAUUGGAUGUCACUUGUGUGCAGAGUUAGUGGAGCAUAACUUAGUCCAGCUGGACUCCUUGGUAGCUGAAUCAUGGUCGUGGUUGCUAAGGGGACAACUGAAUUCAGCUGGCUAUGGAAAUGGAACCAGCACAGCCUGAUUUGAUUUCUAGUUGAGUCACCAUAAAACACUAAAAACUGGGAAGUGUGAUUUGGUUAGGCCCUCCCCUGGCAGAUGAGGCCUUAUAGUUAUGCUUGCCUAGCCUGUGCCCCAACUGGGACAGGUGGCCUCUGGUAAAGUCUGGACUAAGGAAUACAGGGGACCGCCCACCAUUUGCCAAGUACCCUGUUUUGUUUUGUGGUACUGGGGCUGGGGCUAGAACUCAGGGCCUACACCUGG